AAAAAGCAAACGCAACAGAACCAAGCUGCCUCCGUGCGUGCGGCUGAUCCAAAUGUUUGGACCGUUUUUUUUUUAAAUUAUGACUUUCCUGGGCUUCUUUUCCCCAUUCCACCUGUAGCAGGACUCACUUCCCUUUCGGCACGGAAUCCAACAAAAAGCUCUCUCGCACUGAAACUCCCGAUUGAAGUUAAGGUGGGGGGGAGAGAAAGAGGAAAACUGAUCCAGCAGGAUAAAACACACAGUUUGAGGCUCCGGGGCGCGUCAUGCGCUCGUGGCCGCGCGCCUAAGCUGCUUGUGCGCGGUCCCCAAACGAUGAGACGCCAUGGCAUGGUGUGACCGAGGGGUUCAGACUCUGUUGGCCGUCGCGGGGGCCUUCGUCGCCUUCAGUCUCAUGACCAUCGCCAUCGGCACAGACUACUGGCUCUAUUCCCGCGCCUACAUCUGCAACGCCACCAAUGCCACAGCCGACGAGAGCCAGAUGCAAGCCAAGAAAGUCCGAGGCGACCUGACGCACUCCGGGCUCUGGAGGAUCUGCUGUAUUGAAGGUUUAAACAAAGGCAGCUGUUUCCGGAUCAAUCAUUUUCCAGAGGAUAACGACUAUGAUACAGACAGCUCAGAGUACAUCUUACGUAUAGUGCGCGCCUCAAGCCUAUUCCCAAUCCUCAGCACCAUCCUCCUGAUGUUGGGCGGCCUGUGUGUCGGGGUCGGGCGCAUCUACAGCAGCAAGAACAACAUCCUGCUUAGUGCAGGCAUCCUGUUUGUGGCCGCAGGCCUUAGCAACAUCAUUGGCAUCAUUGUCUACAUCUCCAGCAACGCCGGCGAUCCCAGUGACAAGAAAGACGAGGACAAGAAGAGCCAGUACAGCUACGGCUGGUCCUUCUACUUUGGUGCCCUCUCUUUCAUUGUGGCUGAGUCGGUGGGGGUUCUUGCAGUCAACAUAUACAUCGAGAAAAACAAAGAGACGCGUUUCCGAGCCAAACGGAGCUUCAUCAGAACGACCUCGUCCUCCUCGCCGUACUCCCGCAUACCGAGUUACCGCUACAGACGGAGGCGCUCGCGCUCCAGCUCCAGGUCCACUGACCCGUCCCGCGAGCCCUCCCCAGUGGGAUUGAAGAUGGGCGCAGGGUCUGCGGGGGGAGGUUUGGGGAUGGGUCUGCCAAUGGGGGAUAUAUCCCUGUACACCUUCAGAAGGGACCCUUUGAAGGCCGGAGGUGGCACGGCGGCGCGGUACAGCCCAGAGAGGAACACUGGGUUCUUACAAGUCCACAACUGUUUUCAGAAAGAUGUGAAAGACGGAGCGAACCGGAGGACCACACCGGUAUGAGAUCAGGGGUGUGCUGUUGUGUAGAAAAACGAGCACAGUGGGGCUCGUUAAUUGUUGUAAAGAUAUUGAGAAAGGACAGCCGCACUGCCAAACUGUUUAAGCAGCAGCGAUUGUGUCGAAAGGUCAGAUUUGUUUUUCUUGUGUCCAUCUGUGAGGAAGAAAAUAGUUAACAUCUAAUUUUGUGGACGACAAAAACAAGUCUCGAGCGCUCUGAAAUGACACCGCUUCUUUUAAAGAUGGCUGCAGAUACAUGUAGCGAUAUCUGAUGAGGUUAAUUUCUUAAGACAGGAAAAAGAUACCUUCUGCUCUUUUGUGCUGAAGCAUUGAAAAGCACUGAAACAUUUUUCCCCUUCUUGUCAAGUAGUGUUUUGGAAAUAAUCUCUUUUUUAUUAGUUUGUCAUUAUUUCGCUAAAAGUGAGUGAUUUGUGCGAGUGUCUGUUUUUGAAGUAUCAGUGUAUUGUAAUUGUAUGUAACUUAACACGAAUGGUGCUAACUGAACCUAUACACAUUUCACAGUCCUAAACCCUGUCAGCUCCAGUCUAAAUAAUCUCACUGUAUCUCAAUAAUCUCUUUCAAGCCUGUAUGUGAGUCAUGUGUAAAUUGUGUGUUACAGUAUGUGAAAGUAUGUGUGUGUGUCAGUGGCUCUGCAGCAAUGCCACACUGACACAAUCACUUUAGACAUUUUUUUGUAGAUAUGUUAUAAAGAAUGGCAGCACUUGGUUGUGCCAGAACAUUCCAGUACACUGUGUGAUGUAUCAGUGCAAAAAUGAUUUUCCUGCUCUCCAUUCGCUCAGGGAUGAUGUAUGGAACCAAUGAAUUCCAUACUGAAGCCAGACCGACUGUUAGAAUUGGUGUAAGAAAAACACACGCAUAAAAAAACAGAGAUAGAUCAUGCUCUGUGUGUUGUUGCUAAUUAACUUGAUUCUCUUCUUUUAUGCUGUCACUGUUUAUGUGUUCAAAAGUUUUUGUACUUUUCUUUUUUUUUUCUAUCACAUUGAAAGAAAACAUGCUCAUAUUUGCAGUAUUUGUGUCCUACAGCUCCAUUACUGCAAGAAGUGUUUCUUGCCUUUUCCUUUUGUAAGGAAUUGACAAAAAAAACAAUAAAUGAUUUUG